CUCGUCAGUUAACGACGCUUGUCUCAGUUGCAUCCGAACGCUCCAGCAGUAAACGUUAUCCAGAGCUGGCUACGCGCAAAUCAAGCUGGCCACCACCAUGGUGACCACCAAUGCCGCCGGAACGGGGACAGCAGCUACAACAACAACGAGCAAUGCCACCAACAACAACAACCUGCAGACAAACAACAACAGCCAUGGGGCUACAAACAACAACAACGAUGACUUUGACUUUGACCAGGAUAGUGGAUUGCAGGACCUCGGCUUACCGGUGUCCGUGCAAACAUUCCUGUGGCGUCAAAUAGCGCCCUUUAUUCGGCCGAAGUUAGGAAAACUGCACGAGUCCACGUGUCUGUUUUGUCAACAUGCACCGGGACACCAUGAGUCGAAGGAAGCCUGCAAGUCCUUUGAGAAAGUGCUCGUGCAGAACAUCCAGUUUGGUCUGUCACCGCCGCUCACCAAAGGAUUAGGUGUGAUUCCCAGAUGGCGUCUGUUGCAAGGAGCUCUGCCCCAUGUGAUGCACGCCUGUGCCGCUCUGCUCUACAACAGGGUGAAGGACAUGCAGGCCAUUGGUCCUGUGGAGACCAAGCUGUUGUACACCAUGCAGUGGAUCCUUCUCUAUGCCGCCGAGGAGUGUGCCGAUGACGAGGGCGGCGAGGAUCUGGCCUUGGGCGAUGCAGCCGAGCCCAAGUCCAAGUCAAUAGAUCAAUACUUAUUCUCGGUGCCAACAAUUACGCUCUUUGUGUACCUCUUUGCACCCAUCAUACACCAUCUCAAGGAAUCGGAUUUCCAGAACUUUCGCCUGGAGAAUGGUAUUAAACUCUGGCAGGGAAUGUGGGAUAACCGAGCUCCGGGCGCUCCCUGCUUUACGGCUCCCGUUAAACCCAAGGCCAGAAAUCUGCUGUGUGCACCCACUCCUAAAGGAUCUACUGAUGUUUUUCCCGCUCGAAAGCAUUCGCUCAGUGCGGAUGCCAUGUCGCCCAAGGCGGACUCUCCACAAAGCGGCAUCUCUGACUAUGGAAGGCAGGAUGAGGAGGGCUCUUGGGUUUCUUCUCCCAAGGAAUUCGCCUUUCCCGAAACCAUUCCAGAAGAGGCCUCCAGCGUGGAGGACGAACGUGUGGUCAUAUUUAGGCUGCCCUCGGCGCCACAACUAAUGGAUAACUCCUUCUUUACGGCCGAUGCGAGUCUGCUGCAACAGCAGCAAUCGCAGAGUCGCCGUGGAAGUCGCCAAUCGAUGAACUCCCGCGACAAGGACAAAGUGCCCUCCACCAAGUUUGAGUUCGAUCAGCAGGAACUAAUGCGUGGUGCCUCGAUGAAGGAGAAGCGAAGUGCUUCCAUCGAAAAGGAGACGGACUCGGACAAGUCGGAGAGCAUUAAGGCAGAUGUAUCGGCAGCCACUUUCCUGGAUGUGGCUGUGCUCCGCUGUCUCUUCAUUUCCCAUUGGCAGGAGGAGGGCAUCUUCUGGAGUCUUCAAUAUCUAUACAACCGACUUAGUGACAUUGGUGAGGAGGCGGCCAUCACCUUAAACCAACCUCGCAAACGCUCAAAUUCCUUGCCCAUACCGCAAAUCGAGAUUUCACUGUACCAGGGACCCGGCAGCAAUAGUCGCGAUAGUCCGGGAAGCUCUGUGGUCAAGGACUACAUCGAAAUACCAGAUCAAUCGCCAACAGUGACAGCCUGUGUAGCAGAAGAACCCCAGAGUGCCCCGAGUACUACAGAAAGACGUGGCAGCGAGAAGAAGAAACGCGUUAAAAUGGCAGAUCUGAGGCACUUUGUAGAGACCAAGAUGUUCUCCAAGUCGGAGAAGAAUUUGGAAAAAGUAGGGCUCGACACAAACUCAGCCAAUGGCAAGACACCACUGCAACAUGCAGAGUACCAUCGCAGCCUGGACACGGGAGAGAAGAAGCUGUCGCGAUCUGCCUCGAUGAUAAGUCGAGAACCAGCCAGUAACUUGAUCAAAGGCAAAUCGAUGCCCAGUCUCAGCUGUCUGCUUGAUAGCGGAUUUUACAGAUACGUAGAGCCACCCAAGGCCCCGAGGCCAUCGCAGGCAGCCUGUCCGCGUUCCACGGCGUUCUAUCCCCGGAAUCCCAUCAUCACGGUUACGGAACACACACCCACUCCUUCGCCCGACUACAUGAAGCGACAGGGCUCCAUUGACUCCCAGCUGGAUGCCCUGAGUAAUGGCGGAAGUAUUGCCGGCAUGGGUGGCAAUGGGGGUGGUAACGGGAGCACAGGAAUGGGCAGCACCACCACCCGCUAUCGUGGUCAAAUGCUGCGCUCCCACACGGACUCCCACAUCGAUUACACGGGAGUCGAUGAGUCGGAGGCUCCGGGCUCCUCCUUCUAUAUAACACGCGAUGGCGGCAUUGACUACGAGAUUAUCCUGUUGGCCAUUAGUAAUGUUUUCAAGCGAGAUCCGGCGCAAGUUUGCUCACUGCGUGUUUUGGAAGCUGGUCUGAAUAUUUGCGAACUGCUUAUUGAAAUGGGAGUUCUGAAGUUGGGCGAGCAUGCUCACGAGAUCUCGAUGAGCAUUACCCGAAGAGCCCUGCAGGUACUGGGAUGUCCACACGGAUGCAAUGAUGGUGUUCGAGGUCCUCCAGCCGACUUCCUGCGCAACCAGUGCCAGAAGAUCCUGUCGCGCAUGCUGAGGCAGGCGGGUCCCAGGACCAAGCGAUUCAUGCAGGAGAUGGUGAAGACCUCGCCGCUGCCGGAGCUCAUCGACUACUUCCAUGCCUUCCUGGCCUUCUGCGUGGACCCGAGCUCCCUGCUCUCGCCCCUGACUCAUAAACGUCAGAGUGGAUUUAAAAAUGCUAACACCGAUAUUGGCGGCGUACCAGGUCAGGGCGGCUAUUCGACCAAUUUUAGCGGCGGCAUGAGCGGCGGCGCCGAGGCCCAGGUGGUCGGAGCGGUCUUCAAGCCGCUGGUCAGCCGCUUCGUGGAGGCCCAGAAGGAUCUCAAGGGUCCGGAGAACAUAGCCCUCUACGGCGACAUCCGGCAGCUGGUCACGUACGUCAAGGGCGCCCACGGCGGUCCCUUUCGCCUGGUGGCCCUCAGCGGCAUUCUGGCCGUCACCCCGAGGCCCCACAAAAAGGGUCCCUCGUCGCAGACCACUCGAGUGAUCAGACACAUUCCCCAGGCGAAUGUGAGUCAGAGCCUGCAGAACGACGACAACCGCUCCCAGCGGCGUCUCCUGCUGAAGAAGCGCAGCACCUCAUCGGCCUGCGCCGUGAGCCUGCUGGAGACGGAGGCAUGCGAGGAGCACUACAAGACCAGCCAGUCGCCGCUGAGCAACUUUCGACGCAGGACAACGGGAGUUCGACCCACCUUGACUCCUCGGCACAGUGAAAGAGCCCUGCUUUCCGAUUCCACGUCCAGCUCGGAACGCAAUUCGCUGGGACGGCUCAGCGGCUUGGUGCGCUGGUUUCGCGGCACGCCCAAGGAGGCCUCGUCCAUCGAUCUGGAGAUCGGGUCCCUGAACCCCGAGAUCAGCUCCACAUUUAUGCGGCACGCCUCGCUGAAGAUUCAGCGCGGACGGUCGAGCGAUGGCAUUGGGCGGUCCAUCCAGCGGGCCAAGCGACGCGUCGAGCGGCGGCUGAACCGUUUCGGCGGCAUUGUGAAGGGCAAGAAGAAGGUGGGCGGCAUCGAGGAGACGGCGGACUUCAGUCGCCGCUCGUCCUCGGACAUGUGCGAUGGUCCGCGCGAGUCAGAGGUGGUGAUCUUGAAGGAACGCAAACUGGUGCCCACCGAACCGGUGCGCGUGGGCAUGCUGCGUUUGUCCUUUCUCCUGGAAACCUGCGCCCCCGGCUCCUUUCCCGAUCCCCAGCUGGUGGCCGCCGUCCUGGAUCUGCCCCAAGCUCCUCUGGUGGCCAGAGCAACCUUCCUGCUGGAGUGCGCCCAUUUUGUGCACUUGUGCAACAAGGGUCAGUGGCCCGCGUGGAUGAAACAGAACGUGGGCAGCUACCGGGCAUCGGGCGCGAACAUCAAUAUCAACCAGAUGAAGCAGCAGGUGAGCCAAACGAGCGCAAGACGCACACACAUCCUGCAAAGGGCCGCCGGCAAGAUGUUCCAUCAGUGGGCGGAGAUGGUGGGUGCCCGUCUGGAGGAGAUCCUCUUCACGGAGCGUCUGCAGUACGAGGCCGUAAAUGCGAGUCUCACGGAUCCCGAGAAGCAGCGCGAGCUACUGCAGCAGGACGAGGAGGAGGACUUUCUGGACGAGACUUCGGUGAAUCCGCAUGGCAAUGAUUGCCCGCACUCCCUGAAGCUCAUUGCCUGUGUGCUGCUCUUCGAGAUCACCGCUUUCCUAAGGGACACCUAUUUGAUGUUGCCCAAGACAUCGAAGUUGAUACAUCGCGACAAGCCGGCGCCCUGGGAGAAGGUUUACCGCGAGGCCAAUCGCCGCUGGUCCAUGGCUUUGAGUUCCAUGGGUCACUCGCAGACCUCCGCCCAGAGCCUGCAGUCGAUAGCAGCGGGAAAUGAUGGGGCCGGUCAGUCGGAGCGGAAGAUAUCCUUUGUGCUCCACGAACCGGACAAUGAGUCGGAGAAUAGUAGCAACACCACGCUGACCAAGGAGGGGGAAGAAGCUCGUCGACCCACUGCAUCGGCUGUUCGACCUUUCCUGCUGAGACGUGGCACUGCCACCACCACAGGAGGAUCCUUCAAACGUCGCUCCCUGAAGCUGCGACGCAACACCAAGGACAGCAAGGACAUAGAAACGGAUUUCAACAUGCAAUCGCGGAGGAAGGUCUCCUCGCUCUCCGAUCGCAGUGACACCUCGGAACAGGGCAUGAUCAGUGGUGGCGAGGAGUCACCCGGAAUACUAAGCGACGAUCAGCAGCCAGAGUCACCCACUGAUUCGAAUGAAAACGAUGAUACGGCCAAGAAUAUGCCCUGGCUAAAGGCGAUCAUUGAUUUGAUGUCCAGUUACAACUAUUACUGCACUCACAAAGGAUAUUGCCAUCCCUUCUGCUACAAACGACACAUGAGAUCCUGCACUCGUUUGGUUAAGGCCACUAGGAAGGUUUAUGGCGAGGAGUUCGGCUUCACCUUUGAUGCGGAUCAUCCCAAUGUGGAGCCCACAAUAAUCACAUCCAGUAAACCACAUACUUCGCGAGCCCGCUCCACACGAAAGGUUUCGGAGCAGAGUUCCACCCAGACAUCGCCGUCCAAGCGAAAGGAUAGCUUGUCGCGCAAGGAUCGCAUAAGUGAUGAUCCCGAUUUGGAAAUGGCUGAGAAACUAGCCAAGGCAUUUCGUCAGGAGAAGGAGAUGAAGAUGCAGGAGGAGCCACCCAUCCUCAAGUUCAUCCGCAUCCACAUACGCAACUUGUUCCACUUUCCGUUGGCCACUUUGCUUAAAGGAGCCGUUGUGCUCACCGAGGAGAUGGUCAUCGAGGCAAUGCCAGCUGCCUGGGAACUUCUCCUUGAAACCAAUCACGAUACAGCCACCUCCAGUGCCGCUGUAUUUCUAAUGGGUUCGGUGAAGGCCCAGAACUUUGCCUUUGACAUCAUGCAGCGCGCCCUGAAGCACAAGGAUCCGGACAUAAGGAUCGGGGCUAUCCAGCGAUAUCUGGUGCUUUGGAAGUGCCGUUUCCAUGUCUGGCCGCGAAUGGAGGAGAACGCCCAUGAUGUGACCUUCAAGGUGCCACCGGGUGGCAUUGAAUUCACACUACCCUCGCCCAAGAUUGGCAUUGAAAGUCUGCCGGUGGUGGAUCCACCCUGGAUGCCGGUACAGCAGACAAAGGACAUGGACGUCACCCUAAACCAAGAUAGACAUAGAUCCCUGGUCACCGCCACCAAAUCCCGGAAGAUGCAGCAGACGGAGGCCAUCAGGAAUGCCCUGCGUCAGCAGAGGGACAAGCAAAGGGCAGAACGACACAGUUUCCUGAUCACCAUGAUACCCAUUAGUCAGCAGGCCUCCCAUGAGCCUGGAAUGGAAAAGCUGGAGGACCAUGAGAUCGAGGAGGAUCUCGAUGGCACCCGGAUGUCCUCGCACCUUCACCACGCCCACUCGCUCUUCCCCUCCGUUCUCUGCUCCUCGGUGAUGCAGAUCGUCGGCUGUCUGGACGAUGCCGCCAUCGGUUCGGAUGGCAACGCGGUGUACGAGAUUGCCUACCAGGUGAUCUGGGUUUGCCUGGUGGAGGAGUCCGCUUUGUUUCUGCGCUAUGUCUUCGAGCGACUGACUAGGGAUCGUCAGGAUCAGAUGUUCAAACUGCUGAGACACCUCAUCCGAUUUGUGCCACGUCUGCCGCAACAGGCGGCCUUUGCCCUCUACAACUCGAUUAUAGGCUACAUCAUGUUCUACGUGAGAUCUUCGAAUGAAUUGAAGCAGGAGCUUGUUGGCUCUGCCUUAUCUGUACUUUGGAUGGUGGUGCAUUCCGUGCAUGGCAUCAUGUUCAAGGAUCUAAAGCAGAUUCUGCGCAAGGAGCAAUGCGAUGCUUCCAUCCUGCUAACUGCCAAUGUGCCGGCGGCCAAGAAGAUCGUGGUUCAUGGACCGGCCGAUGAUGACUACAACAUACCCUCCCAGUUUCCAGUGCAGGAGGACACUCUGUUCUGUCAGCUGCUGAAGGAGGCCCUCGAUUACUAUCCCAUCGAUGAGAAGAACACCAGUCACUAUUGUCUAGUGGACUACAAGAGCAGUAAAAUCCUCAAUCCCAAUUGGUACAUCCGUGACUUGUACUUCUUCAAGAGAUCCCAGUACCCGGAAGUGCGUCUCAUGCUCAUGCGACCGGAGGAGUCCUUCCUGGCCCUGCAGAAACAAGAGCUGACCAAGAAGUUUGUCGAGAUAGGAAAGGUGCAUCUGACCUGGGCAAUCCUGAAGAACGUGGACAUGGUGGUGCAGCGAGUGGUGUUCCUGCACGAGGAGCUGAUGAAGCUGCCCUCCUUCCCGCGCAAGGCACUCGAGGUGGAUCUGGAUCUGCACCAUGGUGGCGAGUACGGAAAGGUGCUGCUCGGGUUGGACGUCCUGCACAAGUUCAUGUGGGUGCGUCUGAUCGCCCGUAUGUUCGAGGCCAUGGCUGGAAAUUUUGCCUACUCGGCGGACAUCCAACUCUUUCUGAACGUCCUUUCCGGCGCCUCCAUUCUGCAUGCCGAAGAUUCGUGCAUCAUGCGCUAUGUGAUGGCCACCUUCAUCAACGCCGCCUUCAACUUCAAGAACAUCUUCUCCACGAACGGUUACUUUAUGAUAAUGCCCACUCUGUUGCAAGUCUAUUCCCUGCACCAGACCAACAAGCUGAUCACCACCACCAUUGAGUAUGCGGUCAAGCAGUUCUAUCUGCUCAAUCGCAAGCCCUUCAUCCUGCAAAUGUUUGGUUCGGUUUCUGCUAUUCUGGACACGGAUGAGGAUGGCACGUAUGGUGAGGCCCACAAGGUGCAGUCGAGCUGCCUCUUCAAUCUGCUCCUCAGUCUGGAGGAUCCCUCGCCGGAUCCUCUUAAUAUUGCGGAACUGGUCAAGGAACCGAAACCUUUAAAGGCCAUUGACUUUUGUUACCACGACGAGGAUGAUGAUGUUACUGUUUUGGACUGCAUUACCCUGUGUGUAAUGGUGGUAUCCUACUCCGCCGAGAGCACCCGAGGAUAUCAAAUGCUUAUAAUUCUAGAGGCCAUUCUACCCUGCUACCUCCAGCAGAUCCAAUCGCCCAGCUACAUCCCACUGCAGGGCAAGUCCGAGCGGGACAUUAUCCUCCAGCUGGCGGUGGCCAUCCGCACCAUGGUGCACAACUGCGAGGGUCUCGCGAAGAGCUACAAUGGACCGUACAGGAAUAGUCCGGAGCACAAGGGCUCCUCGCAGCGCAACUGCAGCAGGGGACCUCCAUGUUCGCCCGGCUUGGACUUUGAGGAGGAGACGCAUCCAAAGUACUUGACGGAUGCUCGAACCAAGAAUAUGAUGGACUCGGCAGAGGAUUCGGAAAUGAUACGCACCGAAUACCGAAGGCCUCGCGACGUUUUGCUCUCCGUGGUGGCUGAUUUCCUCACCAAGUCCACCGUUCGUCUGGCGGAGCUGGCCAAGAAGAUGCCCAGUGACACCAAACCCACCGAGGUGCUGGAUGCCAAGUGUCACAUUCGUCUGGCGGACAUUGCCCAUUCCCUGCUGAAGGUUUCCCCCUACGAUCCCGAGUCCAUGGCCUGUCGUGGUCUUCAGCGCUACAUGCAGGCGGUUCUCCCAAGGGCAGAGUGGUCCAAUGACACCUUACGCAACGCCCUGGUCACCAUCCUACGUCGCAUCGACAAGGUCUUCCUGAAGAUCUCGAAGAAGCCAUCGAUCAGGAGGAACACGGACUGGGAGGCGGCCGCCGGACUGCUGAAGGGCAUCCACGAGACGAUCAUACGGCACUCGUACGUGCUGCACUGGCAGCAGAUGAAAACGCUCAUCGGCACGGUGCAGAAUCUGAUCGUCAACGAGCCCGGAUCCGGCAUCCCCGAGGGCGUCUCCAGCGCAGGAGCAGCGCUCAUGUCUCAGAAUCCGCCGGCCUUUUUCUGCUCGGCGGUGGUGCGUCUGGUGGCCCUCCAGGUGGUCAGCCCGGUGGAUUGUUUCUCUCUGGUGCAGAUUUGCGGCGGCAGUGCCGAGUUUGCCACGCAGGAAAAGGCCGAGGGCUUUCUAAUGCAUCUGAUAAUGCCACUGUGUCUGAAGGUUUGCUCGGGCCGAGGCGUUUCCGAUGUGGGCGAAUUGAAGAUGACCGACGUCUCCUUCUUGCUGACUGCCGUGCUGAAUGCGAUGAGUCCGCCGGCGGGGAGAACCGGACAGGCCGUAUCGCAGAUAAACCGUGUGACCGGCGACCUACGCGCCGGCUCGCUCACUUUCACCGGCAGUCGGGAUGCCAAGCGCCCAGCCCGCAUCUCCGGUUCCCUCUACCAGGCCGCCUUCCUGGCCCUGCGCAUCGUGUGCAUCUGCUUCGAGAGCCGGCUCUCCAACGAGUGGCCGCGCAUCGUCCGGGUGAUGAGGGAUCUCGGGCGACGCAACGAGGCUGCCCCGGAUCUCUGGAGCUUCAUGGAGUUCGUCGUCACGCACCGAACACCCUUGUACAUUGUCCUCCUGCCCUUCAUUCUGCACAAGAUAUCCCAACCACCCAUCGGCGAUCACGAGCGGCACAUGCAGUUCAUCAUCAGGGAGCGACUGCGAGGAACUCCACCGCAGGGAGGGAUCAAGUCCAAGGGAGCCCUGCUACUGGAACUGGCCCGGGAGCUGCGUGACCUGCGCGACGAACUGGAGGAGAAGCGAUACGUCUCCACAGAUCGCGAGAGUUCCGAGCAGAAGAAGAGCGACACACCGGCGGCAACUAGUGCGGCAGAAGCCCACAAGUCGCAGCAAAGACCUUCACUCAUAUCUAUCUUCACAGGGACCACCACGGGCCAGGCCACGCACUCCCACGUCUCCGCGGUGCCGAUCGACUCGCGCAGCGGAUCCGGCGGCAUUUGCACGCCCAGCGACACGCUGUCGCAGCAGACGCUGCACCCGCCGCGGGAGUCGCUCUCGAGCAGCUCCACGGGCCGCGAACGGGAACACACGACGACCAGCGAGAGCCAGAGCGGCGAGGCGGACGCAGGAUCGGCGCCCACGCUGGUGGGACCGACGCCCAGCGGUUCGGGUCAUGGUCACCAGGGAACCACCUCCGCCUCCACCUCCGCCGUGCCCUCGCAUCUCUCGCAUUCGCAGUCGUUGCAGCAGGCGCCCUUCAAGGCCCAGCCGCCCAAGCUGCGCUUCGUUUCGUCCGUGGAGUUCCGGCACUCCUCCGGUGAGACAUCGACCACUCCGCUCUCUCCGGAGAGCCCUGCGGAGGAUAGUUCGGGGGAUCAUACCAGGUCAAGGCUGCAGCGUUCCAAGGCGGCCAGCAGGAAGACCUUUAGGCUGAAGCGCAGUCGCCUGACGCCCAUGGAACCACCCAGCAUUGUCACCUCGCAGGAGGAGCCACCGCAGCAGGCACAGCAGGCCAAGACCCUGGGUGAGAUUUCCUGGGACUCGGUUUCGCAGACAUCCUCCACUUCCGGGUAUCGGGACAACAACAGCCUGCAGACCGGUCUGCUUUCCCCUGAUGGUUCCUUGGGUGGCAUGACCCUGGGUCGCUCACCCUCGCAGCACUCGCUUUUGAUGGUCUUCGAGGGUCAGGACGAGGACACACUCAUUUAACAAUCACAGAACGGCGACCGGGCCUACGAACUUUAGAACCCACGGGGUUCUAUUAAUUAACAGGAAUUUGUAGUACUUAAAUAGUCAAAAAGGGUAGUUAGUUGUCGGGUGUGUUGAGUUUUAUAUAGACGAAUCGUUGUUUUCCAUUGUGUGCCAUUUUUGUAUUGCAUAGAUAAAGUUAGAAACUAAUAAAAGUACUUGGUAGCCGUUCUAA